CUCCUAUCAAUCCGAAAAUUCCCCAUUUCUAUUCCCCUGCGCCCCCACACCGAAAAUUCUCUGUCGCGCGCGCUCCUUCCUCCCGUCUCCUCUCCUCUCCUCCGCUCCUCGCGCGCGCCAUCUCGCGGAGGGGAUCCUGAUCUGCAAGAAGUUCUUCUCUUAAUUUCAGAGCCUUAAUAACAGUUUGAGUUUGUUUGUUCCCCCGCAAAAAAGAGUUUGGGGGGGUUCAAUUGAAGUUGGAUCCGCCGCCCCUGCAGAUUUGGUCGCCUAGCUUCCUUACCUAUGGCGGUUCAAUCUGCAGAGCGCGGCGUGGAGGCUCCACCUCUGACGCUGUCGAUAUUCGAGUUCAACAGUAAGGUGAUGCAGGACGAGCUGCAGAAGCUGGCGCUCAAGGUGAACCACCACGAGGAGAACAUCAGGUUUCUCAAGUCGGAGCUCAAUGCCGUCGAGGACUCGUGCGCUGACCUGGGCAUUAAAAUAGGCAAUUAUUAUUCAUCGAUGGCGGCAAUUGCAAAUAAUGACACAUCUGUUGAAGAAGCUGAACAACGCACUAUUCAAAGUAUACUCAAACAGGACGAGACAGCAGCUGGGAUUAUAUGCCAACUGAAGAUUCGUCAUUAUCAGCAUGCAUCAAAGCUGCCACUGAUGAAAGAUGUCCUUGGUGUCGUAGCUACCUUGGGAAAAAUAAAUAAUGACAACCUCAGCAGGGUACUCUCAGAGUACUUGGGAUUGGACAAUAUGCUUGGUGUCGUCUGCAAGACUUAUGAUGGUGUCGAGGGUCUUGAAACAUAUGACAAGGAAGGUAUGGUUGAUAAAACCAGUGGCAUUCAUGGACUAGGUCGCACAAUUGGAAAAUUUUUAGAUGGAAGAUUCACUGUCUUUUGUCUUGAAAAUAUAAGGCCAUUUUCUGGUGAUUUUAUGAUCGAUGAUCCUCAGAGGAAACUUCUUUUGCAUAAACCAAGGUUGCCUAGUGGAGAGUUCCCACCUGGUUUUCUUGGUUUUGCAGUAAAUAUGAUACAUUUGGACCAGGCAAAUUUGAGUUGUCUCACAGCUGGGGGCCACGGUCUUAGGGAAACUUUAUUUUACAGCCUGUUUUCUCAGUUGCAAGUCUAUAAGACUAGAGCUGAAUUGCGAAAUGCUAUUCCUUUGAUAAAUGAUGGUGCUGUUUCUCUUGAUGGGUCUAUACUAAGACCUAAUGGCUCAUUCUGCCUAGGUAAUAGGGCAAGCUUAGGAAUACAAUUUCCUGUAACUGCAAAUCUUGGGGUCUCAAACUUACCCGUAACUAUCACUGAACUGGAGGAGCAAGUUAAACAUAAGAAUUGGGAAAAGGAAAGGCUUCUCGAGGAUAUAAAAAGACAAGAAGAUUUGUUGAACCAAGUUAAGGAUUUGUUCAGCAAGAAAAAGGAACAGUUCAUGGCUUAUAUCACUCAACCAGGAAUGUUACAGAGAGCAUCGCAGGCUUCACCGACAAUUCCUUCACCAGCUACUCCUGGAAGCAAUCCAUUUGGAUCAAGGCCUCCCCACCUGCGAGGAAGAUAAUAGAGCAGGUAGCGAAGAAUUGAAGGAACAUGCAAACGGGAUGUACCUUCUCCAUUAAUUUGUUGAAAUGCGUGUGGUUUCAGAACUUUCCUGCUGGAUGAUGCAAGGAAUUUUUGUUUUGAACAUGGUGUAGAAAGCAGCUUUAUCAUCAAUGAAGAAACCCAACUUUGAUGAGAA